GCCACAGCACAAUCCCGGUUCACAUGCGUCACCAGCGCAUCUUCAUUUGCUACCUUAACGGUACUCUUCUGACAAGGGUUUUAAAAAAAAAGCUACAAUUUCAACGUCAUACAAAUAUUUUAUUGCUACCAUGCGACAACCAUGAUUUCGACAGAAUUUUCCAAGAGAUGAAGUAACAGGAGCCCGUCGCAUUUGCCAUCUAAUAUUCGCCCUUUACUGCAAUAAUGAAAUUCUUCCUCUUACCUAUCUCGACUCGGCGAACGUUGCUAUACUGCCAGAAGAUCCAAGUUUUGCCGAAAGAAAAGCAAAGUAUAGUCGACAAGGCUACAGUUCGUGCCGCAAAACUUUGGUCCGGUUGGGAGAAGAAAGAAGCAGGAUGGCAAAAGAAAGUCGUCGUUUAUGGGAACUCCUUACUAAGAAGGAUCCAUUUUGAAGAAUGGGGUCUCAAAUCAGUGCCUCCCUUGUCUACCAAACGAAGAGAGGAAGAGGUCCUAGGAAAAGAUAAAAAUCAACUUAUUUACCCCGAGGAUAUCAUCCCCACGAAACACGCGGUAAACGUACUACGAGCGCUGGGCACAGACCGCGAGCCGUUGCAUAAAACUAGAUUAAUAUGGUGUCUUAUUGGAAUGCCAAUCAGCGCACCAUUUGCUCUUGUCCCGGUAAUACCCAACCUUCCUUUCUUCUACCUAAUGUACCGAGCUUGGUCACAUUGGCGCGCCCUCGCGGGUGGAAAGCACAUACGAUUUCUCUGCGACAACAACCUCCUAUCUUUAUCGCCAUCUCCAGUUCUCAACUCGAUAUACACGCCGCUUCUCGGCCAUUUUGCCCUCCCGAAAGAUUCGAAAGCAGAUAUAGGGGGAGCAACACCACUACCCGACAAUACCUCGAAGGUUUCCGAAGACGAGACGCUGCUCCUUUCGCAGGAUAAGGGCCGGCAGCUUGUCAGGGCACUGGAAAUCCCGGAACUCGAAGUUGAGCUCGAGAGGGCGAUAUGGCAAGUCGAGACAGCUAUUCAAAGAGAAAAGGAAAAAAAGGCCAAACCCCCAGAUGCGACCAAAACGAAGUGAUGAAUUGGUAAAAAGAGGACCACGGGUAAUGCGUGACGAUAGGGCGGUGUUUAACGACGGUACGGCCAUGAACAUAUAGAAGGAAUACCUGGACCUGGUAUGGGGAU